AUGAAAAUGUAUUGCUGUGUACGUGGCACGUAUCACUGUCAGUAUAUCAAUGGAGUUAAGUUUAAUAAAUUAAAAACGAAAUAUAGAACUGACGAGGAUAUAGUCGUAUGUUACACGAUACAAGAUAGAAUUCAUACGUCAACACGUGAUUGGAUCGGAAUUUUUCCAAGAGGAUGGAACAAUCUACAACAAUACCUUACCUUCGAAUACAUUAUUCUAUCACCUAAGACGGCGACCUUGACCAAUCGCAGUAUCACGUUUUUACAUAGUUUUCAUCGAGAGGCAUUGCCAAGGAUCGAUUACCAGUUCGUUUACGUGAGCAAAGAAAUAGAAAUCCUGGGUACCAGCUCAUAUUUCCGUUUCGUCGUCAUCCCGAAUCUUCGUGCCAUCGAUCGAAACUCAAAUACGUCGGAUCGUGGCGUCGACAACGUUCAUGACGCGCAUGAUGGUCAUCCGCCAUUGAUCGUGCCACCGACAACGAGCAACGUGGGGAAAAUGCUUAGAUCCAGCAAAUCGAUCGACAACUUCGUCGAAUCUCAUCGAACGUGUCGGUCGUUCGACGAACACAGCCAGAGAACGUGUCGAUUCUGUUCGAAAUCGGCGCCAUUUACAACAAAUAAGGUUAAGUUUCUGAUGUUGCAUAAUAAGCAGCUAGUAGCAAGGAUGGGCCGUCUGACACGCGAUUUGGAGUUAACGGAAGCGGCUGUAAAAAGUGAAAAAAUGGCACAGGCAGUGCUGACAAGGAGGUUGCAGGCUUACGAGACAUUCGUCGCGGAUAUGUUCAAGUGCUUAAAUCUGAGAGGAACCGCGAAGAUCCUGGAUAAGACGGGGCAAGAGAUCAUCAUACAAAAAAUAAAACCAAAGAACUUACCGCCGAUGCGCGACGAGACAGGUGACAAGCCUGUCCCUAUUCUGGAAGUCUCAAUGUUGAAUCAAUCUUCCGAACUUAAAGAGUGCAACGAUGGAUCAACGACGAGCAUAAAUGAGAUGGAGAAAAUUCCUCGAGUAUCGAAUUUGUGCGAAACAGAGGACAACGAAAAACGCGUAGCUCUCGAAUAUUCCAAAGACGAUGGAUUCUCUGUGAAAAAAGAACCGAAUGAGAAAAGUUUUGAAAUUACUUUAUCCGUAGAAGAGGGGCAGCCUCAGUUCGAUAAGGAAAUCUUGAUAUCGAAGGAACCGAUUAACAAGGAUCGUGAGGAACAAUGCGAUUCUUACGUAACGAAAGAGGCCACGGGCAUAACAAACCAACGAGGAGAUGAAAUAUGCACAGUCAACUGUAAGAUCGAACAGCCUAACGGUGUCGAGGACAAAUCGGAAGACGGAAAAAACGUUGUCUAUGACGAUAAGAAAAUCGUGAAAGAGCUCGAUUCCUUGAUAACUGGAGAUUCUUCAAAAUGCUGUUGUGACUGUCAUUUGAACAUGUCGAAAACGUGUAGCUCGAACAAGAGGUUUGAUAACGGUAACGUAAAUGAAUGGGCGCUUCAAUGUGAAUGUGACUUGAAAGUGUCGGAUGGGAUGUAUCAGAUGAUUGAUAAUUACGCGGAGAACCAGUGCACUACGAGGGAAGCAAUGAAGAGUGGUUUGUCCGCGAUUCUGAUUAAGGGUAGAAAUACGAAAUUUGCUGUUAUCAAGUAAUGACUGCUUUCAUAUUAAUUAACAUGCGAAUUUUUCAAUUGCUGAAUUUCAAGUGCCAAGCUCCAAGUUUAAAAUUUCUUAGUCUCAAAUUUUCACAGGGUGGUCCACCUAACUUUACUACCUGCAAUAUCUCGCUUGUUCUUGAUAAUAUUAAAAGGUGUUUGAGGUAUAAGUCGAAUGAUUUAAAGGUUAAAAAAUGGUUCAAAAAAUUAAUAUUAUCAAAAACAAACGAGAUAUUCUAAGUGAUAAGAAUAGGUGGGCUAUCCUGUAUAAACGAAUUCUUACGAAUUAUUUGUCACUGAUUUUUAAAUACGAAAUUACAAAUUUCACGUAUUGUAUUGUAAGUUAAGUAGGAGAAUUCUUAAAAUUAUUUUUCAAUGAAUUUCAAAUUUUAUAUAAAUAUUAUACCAUAAGGCACAUAAACGAAUUCCCAAAAUAUUUUUCACUGGAUUUACACCAACACACGAGAGACAAGCCCCUAUAUUAUAAGAAAACAAACGCAUCAUAGCAUGAAUCACAGCCGUAAAUACAUGUUGCAGGUAUUAACGUACAAAAUCGAAUGGAUUCUCAACAGCGAGAUCACUCUUGCGAUAUUUAUCAUCGUUGUCGUCUUAAUUUGUCUUGCUUCGAGCAAUGAUUUAGCUGGCGCUUAUCAUUUAAUCCUGAGGAUGAUCGUCAUUAAUUAUUACAUUCAUAUCAAAUUAAGUAAAAGACUACAUCUACUUUCUGUAAUGUUUUGUAUUAUACCCUAUAGAAUAAAUCUGUUCUAACGAAACCGUAUUACUUAAACACAAAUCUUUAUAAUUCACCUUGAAAACGUUCUUAUGUAUUCGCAUUACUUUCCAACGUAUCGUACUUCAAACUAUUUCUAGAUAAUACGCUUAUUAGAAAAAAAAAAACAAUAAACAUUUGUAGAGUUAGACAAGAUAACAAUUCGAAGCUAUUUCGUAAUCUUCUAAUGCUAAUGUUUUCGUUGCAAUUGCCAAUGAAACGAGUUUAAUAUAUUUCAGGAUUAUUUGCAGCGUGAAUUUUUUUACAGUAUCUCAACGCUAAUGUGACAGGAAAAUGUGCAGGAAGUUGAGGCGCUUCUGUCCGCGAGCACGUGUACCUCUACGUCGAAACGUUUGAAAAACUGACUAAAUAUAGAAUAGGAGCGGCGCUAUUGUUAGGUUCAACACGUUUUCGUAUCUUCGAGUUUCUCCUUCGACUCCGCUCUCGUACGGUCGUCAUGGGACUUUCAGUGGAUUUACGACGCCAGGAAAUUCGCCAAACUUGUUUACAUAAACGAUUAUCGACGUCAAACAGGAAUUGAAGUGAGCAAAAUAUUGAAUAAUAAUUGUUUAUGUGGCUUUCUGGAUGGUUAAGGUGAUGUAAUUUAUAAUAUAAUAUCGAUAACUUUUGUUCACUGGUUUGAACAUUAAAUUACAGAAAUCUUUACAUAAAUAUAGAUAUUUGUUAACAAUAUAUUAAUAAGCGACUACAAAUAAUUUUAACGUAGACAGAACGACAUAAUUUCUAGUAGAUAUUUCUAGUCUAGUAGACAAUUUCUUUUCACGGGUUUCAACAUUGAACGAUAAAAGCUUGAUACUUAUAUUAAUAUUUGAUAUAUUCCGGUACAUAAUUGAAACUUCACAUAAAUAUCAAAGUAUACUCUCAACGACGAACCUUCGCUAUUAAUAUAUCAAUGCGCAAUUACUAACAAUUUUGGAAACGUUAAUAUAUCAAUAAGGAAGCUACCACUACUUACAAAAUUCUUAUCGGUUUCUUAUCAAAGCAUAUACUCACGAAGAACGAAUCUCUACUGAAAAGCAACUAUGUACCGAUUUUUCCGCUCAUCGUAAACGAUACAUUAGCAGCUACCAAACUGGUAAAAGUUUGAACAACCAAUGAAACAUAUCAACAAGAAAGCAACAGCCACUUCCGAAACCCACAUUUCCGUCUCACUGAAAAAGAAAAAAAAAAAGAGAAUAUAAAAGCCUAUCCUAACAAAUACCUCAUUU